CUAUGCACAGACUUUUGUCAGUCUUCUUUUGGUUCUUUAGUUUUUCCACAUUGUUUCCCGGCUCUUUGUUUUCUCAUGGUGGGUUAUUUUGGAUUGAUCAUUAUCUAGGUAAAAGAGGAUGAUGACAAGCAUAAUUGUAAUACAAUUUGGGCUGUUUUUCUUUGUCCCAUGCUUCUUGGCGACAGCUGAUAUUGUUCAACUUGAUGUAUUACCAAACCAUCAAAUAUUUGAGCUGGGAGAAGAUGUACAUUUUACUUGUUGCAGUGCUGAUUCGAUGAAUAGCAAAGUAUUUGAGUUCUACAAGGAAGGGUUAAAAAUACAUUCAACUGAACAGAGUACAAAUUGUACCAACUUUGAGAUUAAAAUCAAGACAAAGCAAGAUGCUGGCUCAUUCCAGUGUCUAUACCAGGAACUUGAAAAUGGAACUUAUAUAGAGUCAAAUAUGAGCAGGUCUAUCACUAUUAAUGUGGCAGAGACCCCAGAGGCACCCUCUAUUAGACUGACACCUUCAUAUACUGUGUAUACUAAAGAGGAAUCUUUUACUUUGACCUGCUCACCACCAAUUGGUAAAUCAGCAAAAGGAAUACAGAUUUACCAGGAAAAAAAGAAAAUUCAUGAAGGGGAUCCAUUGCACAGUGAUUAUAAAAUAUCUGCAUCCUCGGAAAAUGCUUCUGGGAAAUAUACAUGUAAAUAUUGGGAGGAAAUAAAUGGACGGAACAUCAGCUCAUCAGAAAGUGACUAUGUGACAGUCAGUGUAACAGAGACUCCACAAGCACCCUCUAUUAGACUGACACCUUCAUACACUGUGUAUACUAAAGAAGAAUCUUUUACUUUGACCUGCUCACCACCAAUUGGUAAAUCAGCAAAAGGAAUACAGAUUUACCAGGAAAAAAAGAAAAUUCAUGAAGGGGAUUCAUUGCACAUUGAUUAUAAAAUAUCUGCGUCCUUGGAAAAUGCUUCUGGAAAAUAUGCAUGUAAAUAUUGGGAGGAAAUAAAUGGACGGAACAUCAGCUCAUCACAGAGUGACUAUGUGAUAGUCAGUGUAACAGGUGGGAAAAUAUUAACACAACUUGAAUUAAACAAGGUUUGUUUUUAACCCUAAUGGUUUCAUCAUCAUUUAUACAGAUGUGGUACAGUGGAAGUCAAAUUAUAUGGAUUUAAGGUUUCUACUUCACAAUCUU